CCUCCCUUGGCAACCGUCUCGGGGAAGGUUCGGCAGGCUCCGCCUCCUCCGCUUUCGACGCAGCCGCCAGCCCGGAUCUCCCAGGAUGCAGCGCGCGGGCGGGAGGUUUGGAGCGGAGGGACCCCGCGCCCGCGUAGGGAGUCGGGAAAGUGGCGGCUCUGGGACGCAGGGCUUCGCGCAGUGAGGUUUAAAAGCAUCAACUGGAAUCCAUUUGCAUUCGAAAAUUGGACCAACACAAAGACUUGAUAUUGUGGAAUGUCUAGCAAACAAGCCGUGUCAUCUAAGGAACAAGAAAUGCUUUUGUGUUAUAAUGGGGAAGUCCUUAUUUUUCGGCUGUCUGAGGGACAUUUUGCAGGUAAAAGGCCUGCAAAAACACCUGUAUUACAUGUCAGGAGAAUGGUGUUUGACAGAAGAACAAGAGCAUUUGUUCAGAAGUCCACUGGAUCCUUUAUGUUAAAGGAAGAAAACUCUCAUUUAAAAAUUAUGUGUUGCAACUGUGUGUCCGAUUUCAGAACUGGAAUUAAUCUCCCUUAUAUCAUGAUACAAUGCAAUAAAAAGAAUAACAUCUUCACAUAUUUUCUUCUAUUUCUUCACAGUACCAAUAAAUUCGAAAAGCGUUUGAGCUUUAGACUAAGCCAUGAGUUGAAGGAUGGUGUAAGGGUCCUUAAUGGUCCAUUAGUUUUAUGGAGACAUGUCAAAACCUUCUACUGUAUCUCUUCCCAAACAGGCAAAGUUAGUACUGUGUCUCUUAAUUUUUCCUCUGUUGAGUGGGCAGGGGAGAUUGAAAAUCUAGGUAUGGUUUUAUUAGGACCGAAGACAUGUUUUUUAUCUGAAGAAGGAUCCACUCAAAAGCUUUCAAAAUCAGAUUAUGCAAUUUGGAAUACCAAAUUUUGUGUAUACUCCCUUGAAAAUGAAGAAGUAGUAAGUGAUGCAUACAUUAUCCCUCCUGCUUAUACCAGUGUAAUAACUUAUGUGCAUGUCUGUGCAACUGAGAUUGUCAACAAUCAGUUAAGAAUGUCUCUGAUUGCCCUUACUCGAAAGAAUCAGCUGAUUUUAUUUCAAAAUGGGACUCCUAAAAGCGUGUGCCAGCUUCCAUUUGGAGAUCCUUGUGCAGUUCAACUUGUGAAUUCAGGCAGAGGAGACUUUUUCAUCGUAUCCUUUAGGUCUGGUGAUGCUUGUGCCGUUUGGAAAAAGAACUUUCAGGUUGCUGCUAAGUGGGAAAAAAUUAGAUCAGUACUGAUAGAUGACUUUAUAGGAACUGGAAGUGAACAAGUACUGCUACUUUUUCAAGAGUCCUUGAAUUCAGAUUGCCUGAGUUCGUUUACAAUAACAGAUCUUGGCUACGUGAACUAUUCAAACAAAACAUUGGAUUGCAAUGAAGAUGAGUCAUUUGAAGACAAAGAACGGAAUCGUUAUAUGAUGGUUCCACCUCUGGAAAGAGGAUUGAAAGUUGGUUUCACUUGUAUUCAGGAAUUGCAGCAGCAUCUCUUGCUUAAGGAAAAAAUUAUUUCAAAAUCUUACAAAAGUUUAAUAAACCUGGUUCAAGGGAAAGAUGAUAGUACAUCAAGUGCAGAGAAGGCACAUCUUUUUACUCUUUGUGGUCAAGAAGAAAAUCCUGUCUGUACCUUUGAUGAAAAGAUACCAGACAAUUUUCAAGAUUCAGAACAGCUAGUAGAGAAGAUAUGGUAUCGUGUAAUAGAUGAUAGCUUAGUUGUUGGAGUGAAGACCCCAUCUUCUUUGAAGCUGUCCCUGAAUCAUGUGGCUUUAUCACUGUUAUUGGAUCAAGCUCAUAGCUUCAGCUGUCGGCUUAUUAAGUGUCAAAAUAGGGUGAUCAAGUUGAGUAGGGAUUUUGUCCCAGCACCGUGCUCACUGCCACGUGAAACAAGAUCAGAUGCAAAAAGGAUCAAGUUGACUAUUGACAGUGAGGAGGGAGAGGAAGAGGAAAAGGAAGAGGAAAGCUUUGUUUGUGAACAGUCAUCUGAGAAAGAGUGUGUACAGGUCAUUACUGCUGUAACAUCUCUUUCACCACUUUUAGGGUUCGGUAGUUUUUGUUGUACUGUGCUGCUACAAAUUAGGGAGAGGGAAAAUGGUAACUCUUCUGAAGAUCGUUACAUUCAGUGUGGCAGACUUUUUUUAAGCCUAGAAGACCUUUCAAGUAGGCAAUACCUGCUGAUAUUUCCAAAGAAGAAACCUAUAGAACACAUGGAAGAUCUGUUUGCACUUCUCACAGCAUUUAAAAAAACUUGUUUUCAAAUCACAUCAUCCAACUAUUCUCUGACUUCAAUGAAGACGUGGCUCCAGGAAUACAUGAAAUGUGAAGAUAUCAAAGAAUUUCCAGAAAUUUGCUUUUGCAAGAUGCCAGGGAGUUUCUAUGGGACACUCUUCCAGUGGAAACAAAAAACACCAUUUGAAGGGAUUUUAAUAAUCUAUUCCAGGAAUCAAACAGUUUUGUUCCAGUGCCUUCAUAAUCUCAUCAGAGCUCUCCCUAUAAACUGUUUCUUCAAAAAUCUAAAAUUUGGAAGUGUCGAUUUCCUAAUUAAUCACUUGGCGUUAACUUUGGAGAAGGAAUUGGUUACCCAUCGUUCUCUUUCUUCUGCCUUAGUUAAGGUUGAAAACAACUUGGUGCAAAGUUGUGAAGCAAGCAAAGAAAAGAGUAGUGGUGUGGCGGCUUUAUCAGACAGAGAGGAAAACGUCCAUCCCUACAGAAAAGAACUACAGAGAGAAAAGAAGCGAACGUUGGGGACAGACCUAAAAGUGAGUGGUGCCCUUUAUAGAGAAAUGACUUUGAAGUUAGCUGAGGUUCAGCUGAGAUCAGACCUUGCUGCACAGAAACUGGCUGGUUUAUAAUUAUAGUCUUAAUUUGAUCAUAUUUUAAAAUAUGUUUUCUCUACCAGGACAUUUUGGUUCCAAAUUUGUUUUCAUUUUACA